AGAAAAAGCACAAUCCGCAGCUUGGAAUCGCGCGAACAAGGGCAUUCCAGCAGUAGUUGCAGUGCGCGAGUGACAAUAGCACUCCCAGCACGCAGCGCUAGCGGUCACAGCACUCAGCACGAACGACAGAGCAGUAGCAGCUCCGUAAGCAGUGAGAGCCACCAAGCGAUCAUGAGCGCACGCGCCUCCGACGCAGCGAUAGAUGAGCGCAGCAGCACCCUAGCACUCGUGGGUGCCGCGGGCGGCGGCGCGCCGAAACCGCCAAAGGCUCCCAAGGCGCCGAAAGCCGCGGCCCCGCCGAAACCGCCUGCCGCCGCGAAAAAGGGCAAGGGCAAGAAGAAGGAAAAAGUGGACAUAGCCAUGGAGCCGGCCCUGCCCCUGGCCGACCUGCUCGGCUCGACGAACUUCCCGCAGACUGAGGGAGAGUACUACGUGACGACGGCGAUCAAUUAUGCUAAUGGUGCCCCGCACAUGGGCCACGCCUACGAAGCUUUAGUUACUGAUGUGGUCGCGCGCUACCACCGCUUGAGCGGAAAAAAGCUGUGUGGAAAUCAAACAGUGAGUUUCGAGCAGUUACGGGGACGACGACGUCGCGGCGAUGGCGUGGGGCGUCCAAAACUUGAUUUUCACACAGGCAAGAAGACCUUCAUGCUCACGGGCGCGGACGAGCACGGCCAAAAGAUCGCGAACACCGCUGCUGCACAAAAUAUAACACCGCAAGAGUUGGUAGAUACGUGCGUGGCUCGCUUCAAGGCCUUGGACGAGCGGCUCGACGUCGCUUACGACGACUACUUACGAACGACCAGUGAAAGGCACAAGGCGUGCUGCCGGGAGCUGUGGCGGCGGUGCGCUAGCAAGGGUGAUGUCUUUUUAGAGAGAUAUGAUGGCUGGUACGACGAGCGGGCCGAACAGUUCGUAAAAGCAAGCGACGCGAAGCUCCAGAACUACAAGGACGCCGACGGCAUUCCUCUGAAGCGGACGACGGAGGAGUGCUACUUUUUUAGGUUAGGUAAAUAUGCCCCGGCCGUGCGGAAGCACAUCGAGGCGAACCCGGAGUUCGUCCAGCCCGAGGCGCGAAGAAAAGAUGUGUUGAAGAUGUUGGAUGAUGCCGAGGAGAUCGAGAAGUUAUCUAUAUCUCGCACAACCUUCGACUGGGGCGUGGGCCUGCCCGAGGGCUUCGACGAGGGGCACGUGCGCGUGCAGUGUCUGUCUUUGCGCGGCGAUGGCGUCGACGCGACGCGCGCGACCGGGGCGCCUCCGACGCGACGACGGCGUCAAGGCGCCAUCACCGCGGGGGAUCGACGCGCGCGAGGAAGCCGCCGCGAACGGGGCACCUCCGUUCGCCGUCGCCGCGUCGAUGGCGCCUCGCAUGACGCCGUCGACGCGACGCGACACCGAACGCAGGUCAUGUACGUCUGGAUCGACGCGCUGACGAACUAUGUUACUGGUGCGGGCGGGUUGGGCGAGCAUAAUGGCAAGGACUUCACGAAGGGAGGCGGAAGGUGGCCCGCGGAUUGUCAUAUUAUAGGCAAAGACAUUGUUAGAUUUCAUGCGAUCUACUGGCCGGCGUUUCUCAUGAGUGCGGAGCUACCUCUACCUAAGUCGGUAUUUUGCCAUGGAUUUGUGCUUGACAGUGUCGGUGCGAAGAUGUCCAAGACCUUAGGGAACGUCGUGGAUCCCAAUGCGCUGCUAGAUGACGGCGUACAACCGGAUAGCUUCAGGUACUUUUGUGUGAAAGAUGCGUCGCCGGGUGCGGAUGUGAAGUUCUCCAGACCAGCAUUAGUCCUAGCCCACAACACGGAGCUCGCGGACGCGUUCGGCAACUUGCUUCAUCGCGCGACGGCGUUAGCCUCCUCAAAAUGUAAUGGACAAGUUCCUGCCCCUGUCAAGGUAGAGGUAGGUAAACCUUUUGAUCUGGCAUCGUUACGAAACGACUCAGUCAAAGCCAUGGCUUCGUUAGACGUCGGUGCGUAUGCGAAACGGGUGAUGGCGUGCUGCAGAGACGCGAACAAGUGGGUCGCCGACCUGGAGCCCUGGAAGAUGAAGGACGAUGCUGCGGACAAGAGGCAGGAGGUCUUGCGGUUGCUACUCGAAGCGUGCUACGCUCUCUCGUUGUUCCUGGCGCCGCUCGCGCCUCGCGCGGCGACGUUCGCGUUGCGCCGAGUCGGCGGUCAACCCAUGGCAACGUCAAAACUCAAAGCGGACUUCUCGAACCUGCAGACGGGAGCUCGUGUCACGCCCGGCGCGCCGUUAUUUGCGCAAAUUGAAGUCGACGGCGGCGCGUCGGCGGCUCUCGCAAAGGAGAAAAAGAAGAAGGUCGUGUCGAAGAAGCCCGAGGCCUUCGUCGACUAUACGGAUGCCGACGACACGGCCGCGUCGCGGUUGGCGCUCGUCGUGGGGAAGAUCGUGGAGGUGUGGCCGCAUCCUGAUAGUGACAAACUGUUCUGCGAGAAGAUCGACUGUGGGGAGGCGUUCGGCGGCGUGCGGGAGGUCGCGUCGGGCCUGCAGAAGCACUACAAGGUCGACGACUUGAAAGAUCGGGUGGUACUCGUCGCGGCGAACCUCAAGGCCAAGAAGCUCGCCGGCUUCCCGUCGCACGGCAUGGUGCUCUGCGCGACGGCGCCGGACGGCUCGCUGUCCUGCGUCGACCCUCCAAAAUCCGCCAAGCCGGGCGACGUCGUCGCGCUCGCGGGCCUCAAGAACCCGCCCGCGUCGGAGUCCCAGGUCGACAAGAAGAAGCUCUUCGCCAAGGCGCAGCCGCACUUCGUCGUCCGCGGGAACGUGUGCUACUACAAGGACAAGCCGUUUGAUAUAAACGGGGCGCCGUGCACGGCGGCGGUCGCGGACGGGGCGUCGAUUAACUAGUCGUUUCUAUAUA